AUAUUCAAGCGCUCAUAAUAAAUAACGAAUAAAAAAACUAAGCGAUAUGUUUUGAUUUAAAUAUUUAAUUCGAACGUUUUCUUUUUUCGAAUUGAGUGUUUUGUUUUUUAUAAUCUGUGUAAUUAAAAUCAAAAUGAUUAAAUCAAUUUUAAUGCUAACCAUUUUGAAUGUGUGUUCAUCCGACGUUUUUACGAGUCAUGUAAACCAUAUGGAGUAUUAUAAGAACCGAACUCGUCCCUCGAAAGCCUUCAACAGCUUCUCAACGAACUAUUUCAGUCAGAAUUCAAUCAAACCUGGCCGAGAAAAAGUGAAGUGCGGUACUAGGACAGUGGAUUUUACAUUACGACGAGGGAAAAUCGUUGGAGGUUCCGAGGCUCCCUAUGGGGCCUUCCCAUGGCAGGUGGAAAUCCAAAUGCUGGAUGCUGAUAAACUAACCUUCGAACAUCAUUGUGGAGGUGCAGUCAUUGCAGAGCGACUUGUGUUAUCCGCUGCACAUUGUUUUGAUAAACAACCACUCCAGUUGGACCACAUUAGAUUACUAGUGGGAGAGCAUCGUUUGAAAAUGCAGGACAAACACGAGAAUCGGUUCCUGGCUGAGAAGGUGGUUCCGCAUCCUGAAUUCAGGAAGAAUGGUCCACAUAGCAACGACAUAGCAGUCAUCCUUGUGUCACGUUCCGGCGUUCAGUUCAACAGUCACGUCAGACCGAUCUGUUUGCCCGACAAAGAUGACACAACCGGAAGAUGGUGUGCUGUCAGCGGCUGGGGAUAUCAGGCAGAAGCAACAGAGAAUUUCGCACCCGUUUUAAGAGCAGCAGCCGUGCCUGUGCUUGAUCAAACAACUUGCAGAAAGGAAAAAGUAUUAGGUGGAUGUCAGCAAACGAUAUUAGACUCUAUGUUAUGCGCUGGUAUCCUAUCUGGUGGUGUCGAUGCGUGUAAGGGUGACUCAGGUGGUCCCCUAGCAUGUUACAGCAAUCGUUGGCAAUUACAUGGCGUCGUGUCAUGGGGGUCCGGUUGUGCGAGGCGAGCACGGCCUGGUGUUUACACAAGAGUAGCUUCUUACGUUGAUUGGAUCAAAAUUACUGCUAAUUCUCUGGGACAAAGAAUAUAUUAGACUAUACUUGUAAGAAAUAUGUAAAAGCAUGUAUGCUUGCGAUUAAAAUGGGAUACUACCUUUUGGAACUGAUACACGCACGGUCCAGCCGCGUUUCUUACCUAUUAGGAUUUUCCGUCGUGAUUUAUCAAUGUAUUAUUUAAGAUAUUUAUGACUGUAUUUUAGUAAUUAGAUUAAUAAUGAAUGAUAAUUGACGGGCCAAUUGGCGUGGUUGGUAGAUACUUGCCUUUCACGCCGAAGGUUGUGGAUUCGAUUCCCACCCAGGACAGACAUUUGUGUGCAUGAAUAUGUCUGUUUUUCCUGAGUGUGGUUGUAAUUAUCUAUAUAAGGAUGUAUUUUCAAAAGAAAAGUAGUGUAUGUAGUAUAUCAGUUGUCUGGUUUCCAUAGUACAAGCUCUGUACAAGCUUAGUUUGAGAUCAGAUGUCCGUGUGUGAAUAAUGUCCCAUUAUAUUAUUAUUAAAAGAGAGGGGGGUAAAAGUCAAUAACGCGAUAUCAUUCUUUCAGUUUAUCAUUCAUACAUAUAUGUAUACAUAAAUCCUAACAUCCUAGAGUUGUAUAAUUAUGGCUUGAAAUUCGCUCGUUAUUUGUUAAUGGUUCGGUUAGUACUGAGUGCUAUAAUUUAUUUACUUACUGCCAAAAUUCGCCUUGGCCAUGACAUCCGACUAACACGAAAAAGUCUUUAAAUUUUUUGGGUUAAUAAAUAGCCUAUGACACUCACAAAUAAUGUGGCUUUCUAUUGGUAAAAUAAUUUUCAAAAUCGGUUCAGUAGAUCUAGAGAUACAACCUCACAAACUUAAUUUUUU